AUGUCGAUACCAAUCUACGUCGCCGGCGCUGUGGUUGUUAGUUUAUUCCUAUACAGGUUUUUGUAUGGAACCGACACACCUCACAUCAAGGGCCUACCAGAGGUGCCUGGCCUGCCUCUCUUUGGUAGUUUGUAUGAGCUCGGUACAAAUCACGCAAAGGUAGCACAAGGAUGGGCGAAGAAGUAUGGACCAGUCUUCCAGGUUCGAAUGGGCAACAAGAGAAUUGUCUUUGCAAACUCCUUCGACUCGGUCCGUCAUCUCUGGAUCACAAACCAGUCUGCACUGAUCUCAAGGCCUAUGCUCCAUACCUUUCAUAAAGUAGUCUCCUCGUCCCAAGGCUUCACGAUCGGUACCUCCCCAUGGGACGAGUCCUGCAAGAACCGACGGAAGGCAGCUGCCACUGCCUUGAACCGCCCAGCCGUCCAAUCCUACAUGCCCCUCAUCGACCUAGAGUCCUGCGUCUCUAUCAAAGAACUCCUCUCCGACAGCAAGGGCGGCGAGAUCGAUCUUGACCCUCGCGCCUACUGGCAACGAUACGCGCUCAACACUUCUCUGACACUGAACUACGGAUAUCGCAUUGACGGAAACAAGGAUGCGCCGCUGCUGAAGGAGAUUGUAGAUGUUGAGCGUGGAGUAGGAAACUUCAGAUCCACAAGCAAUAACUGGCAAGACUACGUCCCGCUGCUGCGAUUGUUUCCCAGCCAGAGUAACGAAGCAAUCAAGUUCAAGAAUAGACGAGAUGUGUACAUGGACAAGCUGCUCAACACUCUGGAGGAGAAGAUCCAGAAGGGCACAGACAAGCCUUGCAUCACUGGAAACAUCAUCAAAGAUCCAGAGGCUAAGCUGAACAGAGCCGAAAUAAAGUCAAUUUGUUUGACCAUGGUCAGCGCCGGCCUCGAUACCGUCCCCGGCAACCUAAUCAUGGGCAUUGCCUACCUCGCCACGCCCGACGGCCAGAAGAUCCAAGCCAGGGCGUACAGGGAGAUCAUGUCUGUCUACCCCAACGGCGACGCCUGGGAACGCUGUCUGCACGAAGAAAAGAUCCCCUACAUUACCGCCCUGUACAAGGAAAUCCUGCGUUACUGGACCGUCAUCCCCAUCUGCCUGCCCCGCGUAUCCAUUAAGCCGAUUGAGUGGAACGGCGCCGUCAUCCCGGCAGGGACGACAUUCUACAUGAACGCCUAUGCUGCCGACUACGAUGCAGAGCACUUCAAGCACCCGGACAAGUUCGACCCAGAGCGGUACCUCAACGUUCCUGAAGGCGCAGGCACACCGCACUACGGAUACGGCGCUGGGUCGCGCAUGUGCGUGGGUAGUCAUUUGGCCAACAGGGAACUUUUCACUGCCUUUGUGCGAUUGAUAAGUGCGUUUGAGUUCACGCCACCAACGGAUCCAAGGGAUGAGGCCAUUAUGGAUUGUCUGGAAGCGAACGACAUUCCUACGAGUUUGACCAUGGAACCGAAGUACUUCAAAGUCGGGUUCAAACCGAGGGAUCGCACGAAGCUGGAUCAGUGGAUCAGCGAGAGUGAAGAGAAGACUAAACACUUGAUGUAG